AAUUAAUUAGAUUUGAAAAAUAGGUGUCUUUGUGUGGUUGGGAUAUUUUUUUGUAGGUUAUAUAUAAAUCUCCCCCAAUCUUUCUUCUAUUUUAUUCUCUCUCGCUCGCUCGCUCGCUAGCUCGCUUAGAUUGUCUAUCAUCAGCAUCAUAUUAGUUGAGCAGAUUUCAUUUGCUUGAAUACCAAAGCAAUUUUGUUGGUUACUUGCUCUUCUACGUUCAACAGUCAACUUUCAUGUCUGAAUUAGACCACCAGGUUCCAUCUGCAUUUGACCCCUUUGCUGAUGCAAGUGCUGAUGACUCGGGUGCUGGGUCAAAAGAGUACGUUCAUGUGCGUGUCCAGCAGCGUAAUGGUCGGAAGAGUCUGACAACUGUGCAAGGUUUGAAGAAGGACUAUAGCUAUAACAAGAUACUUAAGGACCUUAAGAAAGAGUUCUGCUGUAAUGGUACUGUUGUCCAGGACCCGGAGUUAGGCCAGGUCAUUCAGCUUCAGGGCGACCAGAGAAAGAAUGUUUCUACCUUCCUUGUGCAGGCUGGCAUUGUGAAGAAGGACCGUAUCAAGAUUCAUGGUUUUUAAGUAACAGCAAUACCAAGUUGCUACUUGUAGUCUUACACCACCUGAAGACACAGUAGUAGCCAGUAGUAUAUAGUGUUACUGCAUCAAUUAUAAUCUGUUAAUCUUGUCAUAAAAGGUUAUCUGAAAACAAGAGAUUGUGAUUGUUAGAUCUUCUGCUUUAUGUGGAAGGGUUAUGUAUUACUCCAAGACUUUCAUUCAGAAUAAUAUGUACCCGUUUUCAAUACAUUAUUUAUUCAUAGCUAUUUGAUUGA